AUGGCCUCUGGUUCCCCAAGUCUUGAGAAGACGGAUAUCGUGCUGGAGGAGCAAGCGAAUUCUGCCCCCUUCAGUGAGGAAGAUCCUCUUCCACCUGAAGGAUCCGAUGAACGUAUCCUUGCUGAGCGAAGGCUGGUGCGAAAACUAGACAUGCGAGUCUUGCCUACCAUCGUCCUGAUCUUCAUCAUGAACUACAUCGAUCGAAAUGCUGUGACAACCGCAAGAUUGAAGGGUUUGGAACAAGACCUUCAUUUGUCAGAUCUACAAUACAACGUCGUUCUGUCUAUUCUCUAUGUAUCGUAUUGUCCGGCACAAAUACCUUCAAACAUGGCUUUGAACUGGAUUACAAGACCCUCAUUGUACAUUGGAACGUGUGUUGUUAUAUGGGGUCUGAUUAGUACGCUAACUGGAAUAACUCAAUCGUACGGGGGUAUCCUCGCUAUUCGCCUAUGCAUUGGUAUUCCCGAGAGCGCGUUUUAUCCUGGUGGAAAAGCCAUCUACCUGUUGUCACGCUGGUACACCAAAAAGGAGCUUGCUUUUAGAUCUGCCAUUCUCUAUGGCGGCCUUCUUAUUUCGAACGCCUUUGGAGCGCUCAUGGCCGCAGGUAUCCUUGCCAAUAUGGAGGGGAAACUUGGCAUUCGUGCUUGGAGAUGGGUGUUCUUCAUUGAGGGCUCGAUUACAAUGUUCAUCGGGUUGAACGCCAUGUGGUUAUUGCCAGAUUAUCCUAUAAACACACGAUGGGUCUCUCCGAAGGAUCGGCGACUGGCUCAAGCACGUCUUGCAGACGAUGCAGGUGAAGCAGACAAAGACAGUGCUGGCGAUUCACCCCUCAAAGGCCUUUUGAUGGCCAUUCAAGAUCCCAAAGUCUGGGUUUUUGCAAUCAUGAACACAGCACAGCUCCUCGGGUUGAGUUUCGUGAAUUUCUUCCCCACAUUGACCUCCACUCUCGGAUUCAGUACUACCGUUUCAUUGUUGCUUGCAGCGCCCCCAUGGAUCUUGUCGACCAUAACAUGCUGUCUCAAUGCCUGGCAUGCUGAUCGUACUGGCGGGAGGUUCUUCCACCAAAGUGCGUGGUGGUGGGGAGUCAUGGUUGGUUUUAUUAUCUCUCUCGCUACUAACAAUAAUGGAGCGCGAUACUUCUCCAUGUUCCUCAUGGCUUGUGGAUAUGGUGGGUUCGCAAUGACCCUUGUCUGGGUAUCUAGCACCUUUCCUCGUCCACCGGCGAAGCGAGCUGCUAUCAUCGGUAUCGUGAAUGGCGUUGGGAAUAUAGGCAACCUAAUGGGAUCUUAUACCUGGAAAGCUGAAUGGGGGCCCGAUUACCAUCAAUCUAUGAUUAUUUCGUUCGUUGCUUUGGUCAUUUCCACCAUCCUCUCUCUGAUACUUCGACAAUGGGUCAUUCGAGAUAACAAGAAACUAGACGAAGACGAAAAGAGGAGUCUGAACGACGCAAAUCGCGCCCGGGUUGAAGAAGCAGCUCGCCUUGAGGGUAUAACAUUCGAUCAAGCAAUGCAACGAAGGAAAGGAUUCCGUUAUUUGUACUGA